AGAAAAAAAAAUAAUAACUACGAAACAGUUUUCUGGGACUUUCAGCGGAAACUCUCUCAUCGACAGGAUGUUUCUUCUUUGACGUAUUAAGAGUAUUUUUAGGACUUUUCCACUUCAGCGACAUUGUAAACAACAAGCUUUAAUAAAGAUGAUAUUCCAGAUUUCCUUGAGCAAGCUGUCGUGAGAAAUUCUCAUACAAAUAAAAACAUCUCAUCAACAUGGCCAUUUGCGUACUGCUUCUAAGUUUUUUUGUGAUGUUGUGGAAAACUGAAAUCAUUUCAGCCGGAGACACAGUUUUUAGAGAUUAUUUCGUUGAGAACAACAGCUCCACACCCCCCAUGACUGACGAAGACUAUACGAACGGAAAACACGAAUCUUUGUUGAAUUGUGAUCUCUUUGAACUGGAACCAGAUGAGUUCGUGAUAUUUUCGAAUGGUUCAGCAUUUGUGCCAGCUUACAAUCAAACUUACGACGAACCAUUUUACUUCUUAAUAAACGAUUCUCUGAUAAUUUGCGCACCCAAGUACCCAGAGGACGAUAUGCUCGCAAAUGUGCCUUUAUCGUAUCUAUCAUUAGUUGGAGUUGUCGUGUCAAUGGUGUGUUGUUUGGCGCACCUUAUUGUCUUCUCAUUUGUGUCAGACUUACAGAAUCUGCCCGGAUACAACUUGGCCUCUUUGUGUGCGUCCUUAUUUAUGAGUUAUCUAUUUAUGAUUAUUGCUCAGACUCAGCAAGAGGCAGAAAAUACUAUCAUGUGCACGACUUCUGGAGUUUUAACCCAUUUCUUCUUCUUGGCGUCGUUUCUAUGGAUGUUUGUGAUGGCCUUUGAUGUUUUUCGUUCCAUUCUUCUGGCUACCGGUAGUAUGAGAGCUUCUAAUAAAGAAUUCAAAGUGAAGAAGUUUGUCUGGUACAGCCUUUUUUCCUGGCUCACGGCAUUGGCGUUCGCAGUAGCUGCUGUCGUAGCUGAUAACGUGGAAGGGAUACCACAGCAAUUUCGUCCGAUGUUCUACAAAUCGUGUUGGUUUGAUCAGAAAAAAUCUCUUCUGACAUUCUUUGCUAUACCUAUGUGUAUCAUCACAUGCUUGAACUUUGUUAUGUUUGGAAUCAGUGCUUUCUUGAUUUUCACCAAUCGCAUGAAAUCAAGCCAUGAAAGCCAACGAUCCCAUUUGAAGAAGAACCAUCUUCUUUACUUCAGGCUUACAGUAAUCAUGGGAGUAACUUGGAUUACUGGAGUGCUGGCUCCUCUCAUUCAUGUUCUGUGGCUCUGGUACGUGUUUGCUGCUUUGAAUACUUUUCAAGGUCUUUUCAUAUUUCUUGCCUUCACGUGUUCACCGAAAGUGAAGAAGUUCAUUAAGGACAAAUUAUUUGGUGCUCGUAGACCGUCACAACAGACGUCCCCAACGUUUCAGUCAUAUUGCUACUAUGCGAACUCAAUUGAGAAAGAUCUAGACAAAGUCAUAGACUCUAAAGAUAAAUCUGAACCCAUAGAUACUAUUGUGAUACAUUUGUAAGUGUUUAGUACACUUGGUCAUGGAUCAUUGUACACAAGUGUACUUUGCAAUGUAGUGCUUUGAAAGAUCUUGACAAAAUCAGAGACUAUAAAUAAAUCUGAACUGACAGAUACUAUUGUGAUACAUCUGUAAGUGUUUGCUUCUCUUGGUCACAAAUCAUUGUGCACAAGUUUGUGUGUGCUAUGUAAUUUAUGUAACAGUUACGAAAGUUAGUGAUCUAAUAUGAUCCAAUACCACCUUUUCGAUGAAGACUCACUGAAAUUUCCUAACAGUUAUCUUAAACUUCUCAGUCUAUUGUUAACUCAAUUGAGACAGAUCCAGAUAGAGUUAAAGUGGCUAAAAAUUAAUCUGAACCAAUAAAUACUAUUGUAAUACAUGAAUAAGUAUUUACCACACUUGGUCUCGGAUCAUUGUACUCAAGUGUAUUUGUACAAUGUAGUGCUUUGAAAGAUCUUGACAAAAUCAGAGACUAUAAAUAAAUCUGAACUGACAGAUACUAUUGUGAUACAUCUGUAAGUGUUUGCUUCUCUUGGUCACAAAUCAUUGUGCACAAGUUUGUGUGUGCUAUGUAAUUUAUGUAACAGUUACGAAAGUUAGUGAUCUAAUAUGAUCCAAUACCACCUUUUCGAUGAAGACUCACUGAAAUUUCCUAACAGUUAUCUUAAACUUCUCAGUCUAUUGUUAACUCAAUUGAGACAGAUCCAGAUAGAGUUAAAGUGGCUAAAAAUUAAUCUGAACCAAUAAAUACUAUUGUAAUACAUGAAUAAGUAUUUACCACACUUGGUCUCGGAUCAUUGUACUCAAGUGUAUUUGUACAAUGUAGUGUUUUGAAAGAUCUUGACACAAUCAGAGACUAAAGAUAAAUCUGAACUGACAGAUACUAUUGUGAUACAUCUAUAAGUGUUUGCUUCUCUUGGCCACAAAUCAUUGUGCACAAGCGCAUUUCUGCAAUGCAAUUUAAACAAUUACAGUGGCUGAAGUUUAAUGUAAACAAAUAAAAGCAAUUGUGAUACAUCUGCACAUUCUCACAACUCUUGUUCACUGAAGACAGUAACACAAGUGUAUUUGUGCAAGGACAUUUAAAUAAUUUUCACAUUUGUGAAAAUUAUUCAGAGAUCUAAACUGAUCCAAAACAUCUGACAAAACUGAUCCAAAACAUCUAUCCAAAAUCGAGAUCUAAACUGAUCCAAGUCAGAGAUCUAAACUGAUCCAAAACCAUUAUUUCGAUGAAGGACUCACUUAAAUUUCAUAAGUUGUCUCCAACAUCUCAGUCAUAUUGUUAACUCAGUUGAGACUGAUCUAGACAAAAUUCAUAGUGGCUAAAGAUAAAUUUGAACCAAUAAAUACUUCGUGACACAUCUGCAAGUGUUUACUACACUUGCUCAUAAAUGAAUGUGCACAAGUGCAUUUGAGCAAUGCAUUUUAAAUAAUUAUCACGAUAGUUAGCGAUGCCAUAAUUAUCACGAAAGUCAGCGAUCUAAGCUGAUCCAAAACCAUCUCUUUUAAGCAGACUCUUAUAAGACUGCAAUUACUGUUUGUUGGAGAACAGAGCUGAGAUAGUAGAAUAAUAACAUGAACUUUUCUAAAGUCUCUUGUUUUUGCAUGUUUUUUGAGUAAAAAAUUACUUAAUACAUGUUUUUCACCACAUUAGACGUCUUCUUUAUUUCAGUCAUACUGCUACUGUAUUUAUGAACUCUAGACGAAAUCAUAGACUUUCAUUUUUGUUCUGCAUAAAUAAGUUUCACUUCAUCAGCUCAUAUCAUUCUGUAUAAAAAUACAUUUUUGAAUUUUAAACGUUCAUAUAAUCGUUGUUAUCAUUACUAUAACUCAGUUAUGAAUGAUUUGUGUGAUAAAAUUUCUUCUUGUUUUUGUUUGAAAUAACUAAUCAAAUAACCAUUUCUCAAAUACAAAUAGAUUUCUAAUUUUAUAUUUAGGCUAGACUUUAAACAUAGCCUUGAUAAGAUUCAAGUAUCGUAAACCCACUUUCUUCCAUCUUAGUUUUAGGUUCAACUUAAAUUCAUUUUUUUUAUUUUCUUGAUAAUUUCGUUUAGACUUUAAAAGUGUCCUAAAUAAAAUUCAAAUAUUAAAGCGUUCUUCCUUUGCCAUCUUGGUUUUAGCUAAAAUUUUUGGUUAUUCAGGUGAAGAUUUCAAUACGUUCUAUAAAAGGAAAUACUCAUUCAAAAUAAACAAAUGAAUAACUUGUAAUUUUUUUGCUUUUCUUUUUUUAAAUAGAAAUUUUGAUUUUUGCUUUGUCUCAUUAUUAGUUCUAUUUCUCGUAACACAUUUAUUUCUCUCUCUGAUUUAUUUUUUUGAAAUAUUUUAAUAAUGGUUAUGGGUUUUUCUUAUCUAUCUGUAUUGAUGAUUUUCCACAAUGGGACGAAUGUUAUGAUCUUGAAUACUCAUAUUCACGUUUGUAUUAAUGUUCCAUUUUUAUUUAAGAUUAUACACUGAUCUCACUCAAUGUAUUUCAAAAUAAACAAUCUUUUUUUCCAUCAAA